AUGAUUGAUACAAUUGUGACGAUUACAGAUGUACGGGGUCGGGUAAUUUCUUGGUCCUCCGUUGGUACUUGUGGAUUCAAACGUCCAAGAAGAGGGACACCAUUUGCCGCUCAAACCGCAGCAGGAAAUGCUAUUCAAGCAGUAGAAGAUCAAGUCAAAUCCAUACACGCUCAGAUCAUUAUCACAAACGCCAUAUCCGGAGACCAGCGUUUGGUGGCAAAGCUUGUUGCGGCGUACUCAAGCUUGGGUUCUUUGGAGAAUGCACGUAAGGUGUUUGAUAAAAUUCCUCAACCAAAAACUGUUCUCUGCAAUGCCAUGGUUAAUGGGUAUCUUCAAAAUCAGCAUUAUAAUGAGACCAUCGAGCUGUUUAAAUUGAUGGGUCGAUGUCAUUUCGAAUUUGAUAGCUAUACUUGUAAUUUUGCUCUUAAGGCGUGCAUGUUCUUAUUGGAUUAUGAAAUGGGCAUAGAAGUGAUUAGAUUAGCUCUCUGUAAGGGGUUAGCUGGUGGUCGGUUUUUGGGAAGUUCGAUUUUAAAUUUUUUGGUAAAAGCUGGGGAUAUUAUGAAUGCACGAAUUUUUUUUCAUGAAAUGGUUGAGAAAGAUGUUGUUUGUUGGAAUGUGAUGAUUGGUGGGUUCAUGCAGGAAGGCUUGUUUAGUGAAGGCUAUAAAUUGUUUCUUGAUAUGCUUUAUAAUAGAAUUGAGCCUAGUGCUGUGACCAUGACAAGCUUGGUUCAAUCCUGUGGGGAGAUGAGGAAUUUAGAGUUUGGAAAAUGUAUUCAUAGCUAUGUUCUUGGAUUUGGAAUGAGUAGUGAUACAAGGGUGCUUACCUCACUGAUUGAUAUGUAUUGUAAAACGGGUGAUGUCGUAAGUGCUCGAUGGAUUUUCGAUACAAUGCCCUCUAGGAAUUUGGUGUCUUGGAAUGUUAUGAUUUCGGGUUAUGUUCAAAAUGGUUUUCGUGUCGAAACUUUACAUCUCUUCCGUAUGUUGGUUACGAAUGAAGGAGGUUUCGACUCGAAUACCGUUGUUAGCCUCCUCCAGCUUUGUUCUCGGACGGCUGAUUUGGAUGGCGGGAAGAUUGUUCAUGGUUGCGUCUAUCGAAGAGAACUCGAUUUGAAUUUGAUUUUGUCUACUGCAAUUGUUGAUCUAUAUGCUAAAUGUGGAUGUUUGGCCUAUGCAUAUUCUGUUUUUGAAAGAAUGAAAACUAAGAAUGUGGUAUCAUGGACUGCCAUGCUUGUGGGACUGGCUCAGAAUGGGCAAGCUAGAGAUGCUUUAAAGCUAUUUUCUCAAAUGCAAAAUGAGAGGGUUACUUUCAAUGCUCUCACCUUAGUUAGUUUAGUUCAUUGUUGCACGCUCCUCGGCUCGUUGCGUGAAGGGAGAAGUGUUCAUGCUGUCUUAAUUCGAUUUCGUUUUGCAUCGGACGUUGUCGCUAAGACAGCCCUCAUUGAUAUGUAUGCAAAAUGCAGCGAAAUCGACUCGGGUGAGAAAGUAUUCAACCAUGGUUUUACGCCAAAGGAUGUGAUAUUAUAUAACUCGAUGAUUUCGGGCUAUGGAAUGCACGGUCUCGGGCAUAAAGCACUGUCUGUCUACCAUCAAAUGAAUCAAGAACUUCAGCCAAAUGAGAGCACCUUUGUUUCUCUGCUAUCUGCUUGUAGCCAUUCAGGCCUAGUGGAGGAAGGGAUAUCUUUGUUUCGAGAUAUGGAGAAAGCUCAUAACGUAACGCCGACCGAUAAACUUUAUGCCUGCUUUGUCGAUCUUUUAAGUCGAGCAGGUCGCCUUCGGCAAGCUGAGGAAGUGAUCAAUCAAAUGCCUUACAGACCAACCAGUGGCAUACUUGAAACUCUGCUGAAUGGGUGUCUUUUGCAUAAGGACAUUGAGUUGGGUGUAAAAAUUGCUGACAGAUUACUCUCGUUCGAGUCUAGAAAUCUGAGCGUCUACGUUAGCUUGUCGAAUAUAUAUGCCGAAGCAGGUCAAUGGGAUACGGUAAACCAUCUCCGAGGUCUCAUGACCGAGCACGAGCUUAAAAAGAUUCCAGGUUAUAGCUCAAUUGAAGUAAAUAUUUAG